AUGUAUGAUGAAUAUAAUGAUUGUGAGGUAUGUCCGGUUAACGUCAUCAGCCCGGUUACAGGAGAGUGUAGCCAAGUCAUACCAACCUUUGACCAAUUUAUGUUCACAAAUAGCUACAGUGGAAGCGGUAUCUUAUCUAGUGAUCUAUAUGUAACGUACCCCAUCACUGGGAGUACUGCUCCUUCGACAUUUGAUCCGUUCCCUUCAAAUGUCCUCGGUGUGAUGGCGCUGUCAUCGUCCCCAUACGCGUUACCAGCGUAUUUGCGCAAUCCAAUUAACCGAAUAAUAGCUUUGUGUUUGCCUAGCAACAUAUCCACUACUGGUGUUCUUUUUCUUGGAAAUGGUCCUUAUUAUAUUGACCAAUCUUAUGUUGAUGCAAUGGGUUUACUUUCAUAUACCAUGUUGGUCAAGCAUCCAAAGUCUUUUGGAUACUUUAUUGGUGUCAAUGCUAUUGUAAUUAAAAAUAAAUCUAUCAUUGUUCCCAACAAUGCCACUACCAAGAUAAGUAUACUUGACCCUUACACCAAGCUUCGGACCGACAUCUAUAACGAUGUGGUUCGAAGGUUUUCAAAGGUUACAAAACGAAUCCCACCUGCCAAGUCGGUUGCACCGUUUGGUAUUUGUUUCAACACCACGGUUAAUGGUACUACAGUUGGUAUAAAAGUACCGGAUAUUGAUUUGGUUCUACAGGAUGGGAUGAAGUGGACUAUAUCAACCGCUAACUCCAUCAAGAAAGUGACGGAAGAUGUCGCCUGCCUAGCGGUUGUGGAUGGUGGUCCGACUAGUGAACAUGCAAUCGUGAUUGGAACGCAUCAGUUUGAGAAUAACUUUUUGUUGUUUAAUUUGGAGAAUUCGACUUUUGGGUUUAGUUCUUCGUUGCUACGUAAUCAAACCUCAUGUUCAAAUUACGACUUUUCGGUUGUUUACAAUGGGUGA